CUUGACCCCGCAAAAUGACAUUUCUCUCUGUUCUAGCCGUCUCAAUUAUCCUUGCUUUAUUGGGAUAUCGCUAUAUUAUCUACCCGGCAUUCCUCUCGCCUCUUUCAAAGAUUCCCAAUGCUCACUUUACUGCGUCAUUUUGUCCCUUGUGGAUGCGGUGGAACCGCAGGGGCGGCCGCGAGGGAAUCCAUUCGAUCUAUAAGGCCCACCAACAGAAAGGCUCUAUUGUUCGUUUAGGGCCGAAUGAAGUCAGCGUUGCUUCGAUCGAUGGUUUGCGCAAAGUUUAUGUAGGCGGCUUCGAGAAACCGAGAUGGUAUGCUGAGCAAUUCAUGCAUUACCAGACGCCAAAUCUCGUUUCGAUGGUGUCGCCCAAAGAGCAUGCAGAGCGUAGACGCGCGCUGUCCCAUGUCUAUUCGAAAUCCUACCUCCUGAACUCAAAGGAUAUGCAGGUUAUCGCAACCGCCAUUAUAUUCGAGAGACUGUUGCCAAUUCUUGAAGCUCGUGCUCAAGGUGGUGCUCCCGUGGAUCUAUACCAAGUCAAUCGAGCUGUUGGCGUAGACUUCAUGUCUGCGUACGUUUUUGGCCUUCGGAACUCAACAAAUACCAUCUGUGACGCGACCCUUGGCCAAGAGCUUUUCUCCAAGAUCGACGCACUACUGCGCAACCUGUCAAGUGGUCAGAAGGUCAGACAAGAGGUCGAGGCUUUGGGCCUCCGGCAUUGUCAGGCUGCCAGCCUGCUUCUACAGCAGCCGUCUUCACCCCAAAAAGAUCUGUCGCACCUGUCAACAGAACCAGUUGUCUUUGCCUCUCUUCAAAACCACCUCCCCAAAAGCCAGAAAGCGAAUCUAGCAAUCAACCCUGGCGUCGCGUCGGAAACCCUCGAUCAUUUUUUGGCUGGAUCCGAAGGCACGAAGACCACACUGACGUUUCUGCAAUGGGAGUUAUCGAAACGCCUGCCACUGCAAGCCCGUCUGCACAAGGAGCUGUUCACCUUGAACCCUCCCAUCAAGGCCGAUUUCCGAAUGCAGGGGAACGCAUGCGGGCAUCGAGAGUCUCCACUACUACCCAGUUUUCAGGCCUUGGACGCUCUGCCUCUUCUUGACGCCGUAGUCCAAGAGUCGCUUCGUGUCUACCCAGCAUCGCAAGCACCGCAACCUCGGGUCACGCCGCCCGGAGGCUGCACCAUUGACCAACGUUUCCAUGUCCCAGGCGGUGUCCGAAUAAGCACCGCCGUGUUCUGUAUGCAUCGCAAUGAAGACGUAUUCCCGGAUUCUGCCUCAUGGAAACCCGAGCGCUGGAUGGAAGAGCAGGAUCCAGCGCGGUUAGAAGAGAUGAGGCGCUGGUUCUGGGCGUUUGGAAGUGGGCCGAGGACAUGUAUCGGGAGACAUUUUGUCGUGCUAGUGAUGAAGAUAAUGGUCGCCGCUAUCUACACGAACUAUACCACCAGUAUCGUCGACGACGAAAGGAUGGAGCAAGCAGAUACCUUUCUUGGGCAUCCCGUUGGGGAGAAAUUAAUGUUAAAAUUGAGCCCUGUACAAAAAUCACUAUAGUUAGAGAAGCAUUUAGUUCGAUUUACUCUAUUUACUACACUAUCGGUUGCUGGCUUAGGAGACAAUGAGACAACACCAACGCCAUGUCCUCUAAGGUUCCAACCCAGGCCUAAGCACCUCCGCAUAAUCCGGGAAGUCUAAUAAAUUACCCGUAAUGCUCGUGCAGUCUCUGCACUGCAGAUGCGGCUGUUUGAUG